UCAUUGAGGCAGAAAUUUCAUGCUAAGCAAAUGUUUUGCCUAGCAGCUUUUUGAAAUUUGGCCCUGAAUCUCGUAGAAUCUAGUAGAUCAGAGGCUGAAGGCCAAGUUUCACUGCAGCGAUAAAGAAAAUUUAAACGAUCUUGACGCAAAGAGAAGGCAUUAUAUUAGUUGGAUUGCUCUACGCAGAGUAUGCCCUUGCUCAUUCAACCAAUGGAGGGCGCGCAUUGGUAGCGUUUUUGUUCUCGCCAUCGAGGCCUGUAUGACUGCACCUUAACUGGCAUUGUUAUAGUUGAGACCAGAGAAUUUCCUAGAAUUUGGCAGACCAUGGGCUGGACAGUGCUGAAAUCAAGACCGACACCUCAUAUGGACACCAGAGUCUAAGUAACAGUGUUUUUUCUCCCAGACCAAGACCAAGGGCCAGCAGCCCAAAACCAAGGCUGGGACCAGGAGUGUUUUCAACACCGAGAUCGCAAGACCUCACGCUUAAUGAUACUGAAGCACCACCACUAAGCAAUAUGGAAAUGGCGGAAAUGGCACCAUUUGCAGGGAUGUAUCCAUGUAAAGGCAAGAUGACGUACAAAAACCCUAACAGUAACCUCAAAGUAACCGUUGAAGUUGAGAAACCGAGGUCUAAGGGAUCGGGACUGCUCAGCCUCUUUAAGAAAAGAAAUACAAAAGCGCCAAGGCAGGAGGAAGACAUGUUAGGUGGCGGACCUAAUUACUGUAUCGGAUCGUGUAACGACAUACAUAGGGGAUAUCCAACAUGGUACCAUGGCACACAACAUCCUCAUCGCUCGGCUGAGUUGCCCCCUGAGUUGCCCCCUCAACCACCACCGAUUCCUCAGGAGCACUAUGGAGCUCACUACAUCAACGUUGAUCACGACUACCAAUACCCAUAUGAAGAACAGUCCGCAGUUCGGCCACAACAACCUCCACCAAUUCCUCCGCAUGCUAACCACCACAACCCUGGUAGAGAUGUAGACUACGACAUAUACGCAGAAUUGCCACAGGCAACAGUUCAGCCACAGCAGGCCUUACCAAAUCCUCCACCAAUAAGGCCUCCACGAUCGAUAAAGCAAACGUCUUCCAAUCAAGUAGAGCCUGAAAGCGUAUACGGAAAACAUUUUGAGCUUACCCCGAACCAUUCCCCAAACAAGCCUACAGCGCAGGAGCCCCCACGACCGACUGAAUCGGCUUCCAUAGUAAAACCUGAAAGCAAAGGCGAAUAUAACUGCAGGCCUACCACGAGUGAGCCUUCGGUUAAGGAACCUUCCCUCGAAAACCAUCAGGACUCCAAGAAGAUCAUACAAGAAAUUGACGAUGAAAGUACAGAUGAGGACACUUUUUACAAGGAGUUCAGGGCAUCUUAUGUCAAGCUAUCAAAAGCAGGACAGGGUUCGGAAGAUGCCGAAGGUUACACGUUUGUCGUUACUCCUACAGCGGAUUACAUUAAUGGUGACUUUGCCGAAGCCUCAAACAACCCACCGUUCCCAAAGCAUGGUCAGACCGCUGAAGGUAAAGUCCGCUUUCCUAAGGACAUGACAGAAGGGCCAAGUUGUCCGAGGCCAACGCCGAGGCCAAUACCGUCAAAUUAGUUUUUUAAUUUGCAGACACAUACAUGUACAAGUAGAAAAAAACAAACGUUUACGCAAAGGUGAUAUUUUGAAACAGUUUUUUUUCCCGAUGAAGAUACAAUCUUAGUUACAGUUUUAGUCUUUGAAUAUCAUGUAUUUUGUAAUUGUACUUAAAUGAUUAUUUUUAUAUCUCGUUAUGUUUUUCUGUAAUUUUUAAAAAUAGUAUAUAUAUUUUCUUAUGCCCUGUAAUUUAAGACGAAUUUCAGCCUCUGGCUGCCAAGUUUGAUUGUUUUUUUUAAUAAACCAGUGAUAAUAAUAAUAAUAGUAUCAUUAGGUUGACAAACUGCGGGCUUUACUUACACUAAGGGACACGUUGCCUUAGAUUGGGCAAUUUGUAUAACUAAAUAUAAUAAAGCAAACUUUGAAAGUUAAAAUUAUGCUGUUUUCUUACAAAAAUUAAUAAUUAUUUCCGGACGAACAAAGUAAGAAUCCGGUGGAAUAAAAAAAAAACAAUUAACUGUAUUUUGAUUCAUACUUGUUAAAGGCAAUUUAGAAAUUUAAGUAGAAAAAAAAACCGUUUACGCAAAGGUGAUAUUUUGAACCAGUUUUUUUUCCCGAUGAAGAUACAAUCUUAGUUACAGUUUUAGUCUUUGAAUAUCAUGUAUUUUGUAAUAUUGUACUUAAAUGAUUAUUUUUAUAUCUCGUUAUGUUUUUCUGUAAUUUUUAAAAAUAGUAUAUAUAUUUUCUUAUGCCCUGUAAUUUAAGACGAAUUUCAGCCUCUGGCUGCCAAGUUUGAUUGUUUUUUUUUAAUAAACCAGUGAUAAUAAUAAUAAUAGUAACAAUUAGGUUGACAAACUGCAGGUAUUUACACUUAGGGACACGUUGCCUUGGAUUGGGCAAUUUGGGCAGUUUUGUGCUGUACGAGUGUUUUUGGUGAUUGUCAUGGUCGGAAACAUAUUUUAAAGGAAGAUUGGCUAGUCAUCUUGCACACUAAGAAGCUCGCCCCCAGAGAGUCGCCCCUGCAAAGUCGCAGUUGAAUAAUUAAGGGAUGAUUAAGCAGAAAAAUUAUAGCCAAUCAUUAAAGUUAUUACUAACAGAUAAUUUUUUUUUUUUUUUUUUAGAAAGUUAAAAUUAUGCUGUUUUCUAACAAAAAUUAAUAAUUAUUUCCGGACGAUCAAAGUAAGAAUCCGGUGGAAUAAAAACAAAAUUAACUGUAUUUUGAUUCAUACUUGUUAAAGGCACUGGACACUAUUAGUAAUUACUCAGAAU